UCGAUACAAGUAAGACUGAUCACUCCUGAAGUGUAAUACGUUUUGUGUGUGAUUUAAAAAAAUAAAAUCUAUUUUCAAAGUUUUCUAAAUGAUAAUACAAGAUUAAAAUAAAGAGCCUCAAAACUUGGGAAUGUCAUGUUUGUUUGAUUAAAAAAAUAAAACAAAGUGUCUACUGUUCAAAGAGAUCAUGAAGUGGGAGAAGGUGCAAGUCAAAGGAAAUAUCCCACCAGGAGUAGCAGCCCACUCAGCUGUGGCUUUGGGAAAGAACAUCUAUAUCUUUGGGGGAAUGACAGCAGAAGGAGCGACCAACUCCAUGUAUAGAUUCAACACUGAUAAUCAUGAGUGGGACAUCCCAGAGUGGGAGGGUUUGGACUCGCGGUAUGAACACUGCUGCUUUGUCCCAGAAAGCUGUCCUCAGAGCCUGUGGGUGUUUGGAGGGGCACAGCAGAGCGGCAACCGCAAUUGUAUCCAGAAUGUACAGCUAACAGGUAAAUCCCAAUAUCACUUUUAUCUUAAUUACCCCCCAGCCUCUUCCGCCUGGUCCCAACCGGAAACACAAGGCAGACAGCCGCCAGACAAACAUGGCCAUGUUAUCGUAGCAGCAGGUUCAAAGAUCUACAUCCAUGGGGGCAUGGCCGGGGACAAAUUCCACAAUGACGUGUUCUCUCUCGAUACAAAGAUCAUGAAGUGGGAGAAGGUGCAAGUCAAAGGAGAUAUCCCACCAGGAGUAGCAGCCCACUCAGCUGUGGCUUUGGGAAAGAACAUCUAUAUCUUUGGGGGAAUGACAGCAGAAGGAGCGACCAACUCCAUGUAUAGAUUCAACACUGACAAAAGCAGAUGGGUCCUUAUGAAGUUUGAAGGGGAUAUGCCCCCCAACCACUUUUUUCUCCCUAAAAUUGAAA